ACACCCGCCGUGGCGGAGCCAUUUCUCUCUUGUCAAAAAAAUAAAAUAUAAAAUUUAAAAAGGAGGGGAGAGGGAGAGGCAGGAAAGGGGGGGUUUGGCCGAAGAUGGCGGCUCCCAGGAAGGCGUGAAACUCUUUUCCAAAGCGAAAGACCCCGAAAUACGAGCCGUGUUCCCACAAAACACGGUGUUUGUAACCUAAAAAACACCCGUCCCCCCAAUUCUGGCGGUUAUUUGUAAUUUUUAUUUUUACUGACUAUUUCGCGGUGCGCGAGCUUUGUCUUCCUCCCCGCCCGUUCGUGUUUAUUAAAACGACCACCGCCAUCUUGGGUGAGGGCGCUUUUCGGGUUAACACACACAAAAAAAUUAAAAAAAUUAAAAAUAAAAUAAAGAAUUCAACUCUUUUUCCCGUCAAAGAUGAGCAGUGUGAGAAAAAAAAAAAAUACCGCGGUGUGAAUUUUCUGUGACGAAAGGUUGGAAGUAGCGAUUCGACUGCGUUUUGUUUUUUUUAAAACAACGUCCUGUUGGUUUUUUUUUUGGUUUUUUAAAACAACGUCCUGUUGGUUUUUUUGGGGGGGUUUUUUAGAACAGCGUCCUGUUGAGUUUUUUUUUUUUGGUUUUUUUUUUUUUUAACUCCGCCCGCCAUUUCUGUUGAGGGCUUGGAGAGCGGAGUUGUUGUUUGGUUGUCAAGAAGAUGGCGGCUCCCAGAGAGUCAUGAAUGAAGUCGCUUUCCCCGCAAAUUCACAAACCGAGUCCACUUUUACAAAGCGUACUUCUUCGGAUCUUCUGCAGAAACACCAGGCUUAAAAAAAAAGACUCGAGAAAAUGGCUUCUACAGUUUCGGCGGGCUCCGGUACCGCCGGCUCGCCUCUGCAGCCCCGGUGGAAGCGGGUUCUGGGAUGGUCCGGUCCGGUUCCGAGGCCGCGCCACGGGCACCGCGCCGUCGCCAUCAAGGAGCUCAUGGUUGUUUUCGGAGGUGGAAACGAGGGGAUAGUUGACGAGCUGCACGUUUAUAACACAGCCACAAACCAGUGGUUCAUCCCGGCAGUGCGUGGAGAUAUCCCCCCGGGAUGCGCUGCCUAUGGAUUCGUGUGCGACGGGACGAGGCUGCUGGUGUUCGGAGGGAUGGUGGAGUACGGGAAAUACAGCAACGACCUGUACGAACUGCAGGCCAGCAGGUGGGAAUGGAAGAAGUUGAAACCCAAAGCCCCCAAAAACGGCCCCCCUCCCUGCCCCCGCCUGGGGCACAGCUUCUCCCUGGUGGGUAACAAGUGCUACCUCUUCGGGGGUCUGGCCAACGACAGCGAGGACCCCAAAAACAACAUUCCCAGGUAUCUGAACGACCUGUACAUCCUGGAGCUGCGCGCGGGCUCCAGCGCGGUCGGCUGGGACGUGCCCAUCACGUACGGGGUCCUGCCCCCCCCGCGGGAGAGCCACACCGCCGUGGUCUACACAGAGAAGGACAGCAAGAAGUCCCGACUGGUCAUCUACGGGGGCAUGAGCGGCUGCCGGCUCGGGGACCUGUGGACCCUGGACAUCGACACCCUGACAUGGAACAAGCCCACCCUGAGCGGCACAGCCCCACUGCCACGCAGCUUACACUCCGCCACCACCAUCGGAAACAAGAUGCAUGUGUUUGGUGGUUGGGUUCCUCUCGUCAUGGAUGAUGUGAAGGUAGCGACUCACGAGAAGGAGUGGAAAUGCACCAACACCCUGGCCUGCCUCAAUCUGGACACGAUGACCUGGGAGCCCAUUCAGAUGGACACCCUGGAGGAUAACGUCCCGCGCGCGCGGGCGGGGCACUGCUCCGUGUCCAUCAACUCACGCCUCUACGUGUGGAGCGGCCGGGACGGCUACCGCAAGGCCUGGAACAACCAGGUGUGCUGCAAGGACCUGUGGUACCUGGAGACAGAGAAGCCGCCUGCCCCCUCCCGAGUGCAGCUGGUCCGGGCCAACACCAACUCCCUGGAGGUGAGCUGGGGGGCGGUCCCCACCGCGGACAGCUACCUGCUGCAGCUGCAGAAAUACGACAUCCCAGCAGCCACUGCGGCCACCUCCCCUGUGCUGAACCCAGUCUCCUCGCUGCCCGCCAGCCACCCCAAGAGCCCUGCCCCCGCGGCCUCCGCCCCCUCCGCACAGAGCCUGCCCCACUCCGGGGUCACCCUGCUGCCCCAGGCCGGCUCCCCCUCCCCCUCCGGACUGCCGGUGCUGCCCUCCAUGCCAGGGAGCCCGCUGGGGGCCGCCACCGCCCGAGGACCAGCCAUCCUCAAGGUGGCAGCACCUCAGUCCAGCGGCACCUCCAUCGUCACGGUGAGGCAUGCCAGCCAGGCUGGCAAGUCUCCUGUCACCGUGACCUCACUUCCUGCCGGCGUGCGGAUGGUCAUGCCAACGCAGAGUGGCCAGCCAAUGGGAAGCAGCCCCCAGAUGAGCGGGAUGGCUGCAUUGGCUGCCGCAGCCGCCGCCACCCAGAAGAUCCCGCCCUCGGCCACGCCCACCAUGCUGAACGUUCCGGCCGGAGCCACGAUCGUCAAGACGAUGGCCCUGACCUCCGGGUCGUCUGCGGUCAAAGUGGCGUCCCCGAUCAUGGUCAGUAACCCUGCCACGCGGAUGCUGAAGACUGCAGCAGCUCAGGUGGGCACCUCCGCCUCGUCCACGGGCAACACUCCCACGCGGCCCAUCAUCACCGUGCACAAGUCCGGCACGGUGACCGUGGCACAGCAAACGCAGGUCGUCACCACCAUGGUGGGAGGAGUCACCAAAACCAUCACACUGGUGAAGAGCCCCAUCACCAUGCCAGGGGGCAGCGCGCUGAUCUCCAAUUUGGGUAAAAUGAUGUCUGUGGUGCAAACGAAACCAGUCCAGACCUCCCACACAGGACAGACGACAUCUAAUUCCCUUGCUCAGCUCAUACAGGCUAAAGGGCAGCUCCCAGCCGGCACCAUUCUGAAGCUGGUCACCUCUGCCGACGGCAAACCGACCACCAUCAUCACCACGUCGCAGGCCGGAGUCACCGGCAACAAGCCCACCAUCCUGGGCAUCAGCAGCAUGUCCCCGACCGCCACCAGCAAACCUGGCACCACCACCAUUAUCAAGACCAUCCCCAUGUCUGCCAUCAUGACCCAGCCCGGGGUCACAGGAGUGACCAGCAGCCAGGGCAUGAAGUCCCCCAUCACCAUCAUCACCACUAAGAUGAUGACGUCCGGUACAGGAACCCCCUCCAAAUUCAUCACCGCCAUGCCCAAACUGAGCGGGGGGCCCGGCCAGCAGGGGCUCACGCAGGUGGUUUUGAAGGGCGCCCCUGGCCAGCCCGGUACGUACCUGCGCACCGUCCCGAUGGGAGGGGUCAGGCUGGUCACCCCGGUCACCAUGUCCUCCAUCAAGCCCAACGUCACCACGCUGGUGGUCAAGGGAACCACAGGAGUGACCACCCUCGGCACGGUCACUGGCACCGUGUCCACCAGCCUGGCGGGGGGCAGCGUUGCCGGCGCCAACGCCUCCCUGGCCACGCCCAUCACCACGCUGGGCACCAUCGCCACGCUGUCCAGCCAGGUCAUCAACCCCGCGGCCAUCACUGUGUCCACGGCGCAGACCAGCCUGACGACCGCCGGCACUCUGUCCACACCCACCGUCACCAUGCAGCAGCCCGUGAGCCAGGCCACCCAGGUGACUCUCAUCACGACCCCCAGCGGCGUGGAGGCCCAGCCCAUCCAGGACCUCCCCGUCUCCAUCCUGGCCUCGCCCACCUCCGAGCAGUCCGCCGCGGCCGUGGCCAUCGCCGGGGAGUCUGGGGCUGGAGACCAGCCCGGUACAGUCACCCUGGUGUGCUCCAACCCUCCCUGUGAGACCCACGAGACCGGAACCACCAACACAGCCACGACUGCCUCCUCAAACAUGGGGGUUCAGAAAGUGUGCUCCAACCCUCCCUGUGAGACCCACGAGACCGGAACCACCAACACAGCCACGACAGCAUCUUCCGAUAUGGGAGUCCAGAAAGUGUGCACAAACCCGCCCUGUGAGACCCACGAGACUGGAACCACCAACACGGCCACGACUGCCUCCUCAAACAUGGGCUCGGGCCAGACAGAAACUUCACAGAAUCCGCAAAAGGCCGCCUCCAGCCCGCCACCAGAGACCCACGAGACAGGAACCACGAACGCGGCAACGACAGCCUCUUCCAGCAUGGGCUCGGGCCGGACCGGCACCACCAACACCUCGACCACGGCCCGCUCCAACAUGGGCUCCGACUGGACGGGCACCGUGCAGAGCGCGCAGUCCGGCCAGGAGGCACUCCGGAGCGGAGUGAGCAGCCCCACUUGCCCCGACUGCCCCCAGUCCCAGCGCACCACGGCCUCGGCCGCCCAGACAGAGACCGUGUGCUCGAACCCGCCCUGCGAGACCCACGAGACAGGAACCACCAACACAGCCACCACGGCGGCUUCCGGCAUGGGUUCCACGGGACAGAGCGCACAGAGGGUGUGCUCGAACCCGCCCUGCGAGACCCACGAGACAGGAACCACCAACACAGCCACCACGGCGGCUUCCGGCAUGGGCUCCACGGGACAGAGCGCACAGAGGGUGUGCUCGAACCCGCCCUGCGAGACCCACGAGACGGGAACCACCAACACAGCCACCACGGCGGCUUCCGGCAUGGGCUCCACGGGACAGAGCGCACAGAGGGUGUGCUCGAACCCGCCCUGCGAGACCCACGAGACGGGAACCACCAACACAGCCACCACGGCGGCUUCCGGCAUGGGCUCCUCGGGACAGACGGAAGCUGUGCAGAGGGUGUGCUCGAACCCGCCCUGCGAGACCCACGAGACGGGAACCACCAACACGGCCACCACUGCCACGUCCAACAUGGGGGACAACGGAGCCCAGCAAGCAGAUGAAGCUGCCCAAGAGGAGGCAGUAACCACGGCAGCAGCAGAAGCCACACCCCCUCCUGCCCCUGUCACUGUAUCCAUGGUGACGCCCCCUCCUGCCAACACCACCAUGCAGACCCGCGCAGUCACCAUGGUUACACAGUCCACGCCCACGCCGGGUCCCGCUGUACCAUCGAUCUCCUCCAUCACAGAAGGAGGUUCAGCCUCCCUUGAAGACUCGGGUCCGGCAGACUCCAGCCAGCCCUCCUCCAGCCUCGACGCUGAGGGGCCACAGCAGGAGGGCCCGUCCGAGGCGGAGCUCCCCGGGGCCUCGGAGCCCAUGCAGACAGAGCCCUCGGAGCCCCAGCCAGAGCUCAUGGAGACCGGGGGAGGAGGAGAGCAGGAGCCAGCUCAGGAGCUGCAAGCUGGGAUGGAUGCCAGCGAGAGCCAGGAAGGUGCAGGAGACGUGGGGUCCGUGAGCGGGGGCGUGGAUCCGCUGUCUCUCCCCCAGGAGCUGAUGUCGGAGGGCCAGGCCACAGGAGGGGCCGCGUUGAUGGUGACGGGUCUCACCCCUGAGGAGCUGGCCGUCACGGCCGCCGCGGAGGCAGCAGCGCAGGCAGCCGCCACAGAAGAGGCCCAGACCCUGGCGAUUCAGGCAGUGCUGCAGGCCGCACAGCAGGCAGUGAUGAGGCAGGACGGUCAGCACACCCCGGUCUCCACCACCAUUCCCAUCGUGCUGACCCAACAGGAGCUGGCCGCUCUGGUGCAGCAGCAGCACCAGCUGCAGGAGGCGCAGGCGCAGGCACAGGCAGCCGCAGCAGCUGCAGCAGCAGCGCAGCAGAGCCAGUCCCAGGCAGCCCUGCCCACCGAGGGCCUGGCGCCGGCAGACAGCCUGAACGACCCGGCCAGCGAGAGCAACGGGCACAGCGAGCUCGCCAGCGCCGUCACCAGGGCCGUGGCGGGACUGCUGCCAGCGGGGGCAACACCGCCCAGCGAGAGUCUGGCCCCCUCCAGCUCCUUUGCUCCUCCGGUUCCCGUGGCUGUGGCUGUGGCCAGCCCAGCGAAGAUGCAGGCAGCCGCUGCCCUCGCGGACGUAGCCAAUGGGAUCGAGUCUGCAGCCGGGAAGCAGGCGCCAGCCCCUGCCCCCCCCAGGCCCCCAGUGAAGAAGGAGAACCAGUGGUUCGACGUGGGGGUCAUCAAGACCACCAACAUGGUGGUGACUCACUUCUACCUGCCAGCGGACGAUGCGCCUGCCGGAGACGACGACUCGGCUCCCGUCCCGGAUUACAACCAGCUGAAGAAGCUGGAGCUGCAGCCCGGCACGGCGUACAAGUUCCGCGUGGCCGGAAUGAACGCCUGCGGCCGCGGCUCCUUCAGCGAGAUCUCCGCCUUCAAGACCUGCCUGCCCGGGUUCCCAGGAGCCCCCUGUGCCAUCAAGAUCAGCAAGAGCCCGGACGGAGCUCACCUGACGUGGGAGCCCCCCUCUGUCACCUCUGGGAAGAUCAUAGAGUACUCCGUGUACCUGGCGAUCCAGAGCAGCCAGGCUGGGGAGCCCAAGGCAUCUUCCCCGGCCCAGCUGGCGUUCAUGCGGGUGUACUGCGGGCCCAGCCCCUCCUGCCUGGUGCAGUCCUCCAGCCUCUCCAACGCACACAUCGACUACACCACCAAGCCCGCCAUCAUCUUCCGCAUCGCCGCGCGCAACGAGAAGGGCUACGGCCCCGCCACGCAGGUCCGGUGGCUGCAAGAGUCCAGUAAAGACGGUUCGGCUGCCAAGCCAGCAGUGAAGAGACCGGUCUCCUCAUCCCCUGAAGUGAAACCCUCCGGUCCAAAGAAGGCAAAAUCUGACGGCCAGUAACGUCUCGGGCCAUGACUUCCUGUUACCCCAAACCCUCCCCCAGUGAGAUCACCCCAAAAACAGAGAGGGGGGGGGGGGGGGGCAAAGUGGGGGCCGCAGCACCCCCUCUCCAAACACACAGGAGCGGAGAGAGAGACGUUUUUCAACUUCAUUUUGUAUCGCUAUUACAAUUAUUACUAUUGCAAUGAAGAUGGUGACCGUGUUGUUGUUUAGAAGAGAGAGAGGAAAGCACUUUUUUUUUUUUUUUUUUUUUUUACCAUUGGUUGUUUUUGAUAAUGAACUAAAAACAACAACAAACUUAUUUGCUUUACUUUGUUUUGGUCUUUUUUGUACAGAGCUGCCACAGCAUGUGUUUUUACUGUCAUUAAAUACAACAAUGCUUUUUCAAUCUUUUAUUUUUAUUAGUACUUCAACUUCCCUCCUCCUCCUCCUCCUCCUCCAUCUUAACAAAUACAAUUAAAGUGAAAAUAAAUCUACUCGGGCGAGGGUGAUGUCAUCACAACUCUCGCCUGUUUACUAUUUGCAAAUCUAGUUUAAGAAAAUGCAAGUGAAACAAAUGCUAUUAAUUAAUAAUUAAGAAAUUGAUUAAAAAAAAAAAAAAGCACUUGUUUUUCUGUUCUUUUAAAUAAAAGCAUGCGAUGGAAAUAUUCAAGACAAAUUGAAAGGAGAGAAUUCCGAUGAUGGGAUUCUCUCUCUCUCUCAAGCACUGUGCGAUCUCUCUGGGAAAUGAUGAAGAGGAGGAGGAGGAGGAAGACAAGCUUUUGUUUCCAUUCUCAAUACAGUGUUGCAAAGUUGUCUUAUAUGUGAGUCUGCCGUCCCAAGCUUCACUCUUUCGAUUUGGGAGGACUGUGAAGUAAUAGAUUUUUUCAUUUUUUUUUUUUUGUGUGUGUAUAAUUUGUUUUUAUAGUUUUUUUUUUUUUGCUUUUGGUUUUUUUCUCAUAGGACAAAAAAAAAAUUGAAGCAAGGUUUUGUUAAAUCUUGUGUGCUUAAUUUUUAUUUUUUUUUUCACAAAAGGAAUAUGCUUUUUUUUUUUUUUCGGGAGACCUCGUUGGAUAUCGUCUUGACAGAAGAACUGUUUAAAAAAAUAACACAGAAUGGGAGGAGGGAGGACUAUCUGUUUUUGUUUCGUUUUCUUUUCUGUACGCCAAAGUGUUGACUUUCGGGGGGGGGAAUUGUUCAGUCUUUUUCCAUCAACUUACCUUCCCUGAUGUUUCCCCUCCUCUCCCUCUUUCUCUCUCUCUCUCCCUCUCGCGCUCUCUCUCUCGUUUUAAAAGCUACUUAUUUGAAAUAUACAUUGCAGCCUUUUUCUAAGCAGUUUAGAAAAGAAAAAAAUACUUUUUUUUUUUUUUUUUUCGGAGGUUGGACGAUAACAUUUUUUGUUCUGUAAUUUGCAGAAAGUUGUCUGUGAGGAGAGGAGGGGGAAUGAGUGAGUGAGAAAGGAGGGGAGUGCUGUGUGUUUUUUUCGGGGGGGCCUCUGUUUUUGGAAUGAGAUGCAAGGAUUGGCCUAGCCAAGUUUUUGAGCUCAAUUGUAAAUUUAGUUCUUUCAGAUAGUAGCCAGAAGAUUACAAAAAGAAACAAAAAAAGAAUAAAAUCUUGGCCUUUUUUUUAUAUAAUUACCUGUAACAAAAAAAAAAAAAAAAAAAAAAAAAAUCUGUUUUUACAUGUUGGUCAUUUCUUGAUUGCCUCUUUUUGUGUCUUGACAUAAAAAACAAAACAGAAAUA